AGAUUACUGGGCGUCGCGUAUUGAUUCCCAAUGUCUGAAUCGGCAAAAAGCAAAAAGGGCGAAUUCGUUCGCAAAGACUCCGCGUUCAGAAACUGGGUCACUGGUAAGUGCAAAUGAGUCCAUUCUGUUUAUUGUUCACUGGGGCAUCUGAGUUUGGGUUGGUGCUAAUCAUACCGCACGGACGGGAAUCCAUUUAGCUACUUUGGUUUCCCCAACACUGCCACGCAACACCAACUUAGGGCACCCGGAUUGUGCUGGACAUUUGAAAUAAACAACAUUGAUAUCCAGGUACAGCAAAACGAUAACCUGUAUCAUGCACCAAAGCUUUUGGCUAUGCGGACGGUUCAAGCGGUUUUCUGGCGGAGGCAGGUCGCUACCACCUUUACGUAUCCUUGGGAUGUCCCUGGGCCCACAGGACCCUGAUAAUGCGGGGUCUCAAGGGACUAGAUGACGUCAUUUCCGUGAACAUUGUCGACUGGCAUAGGACGCAACCUAAGGGAUGGGCGUUCUCCCCGGAAAAAGCCGGCUGUACCCCGGACACUGUGAACGGAUGCCAAGCUUUGAGCGAAAUAUACAAAAUGGCAAAUCCAGACUACGAGGGUGCCUGGACCGUUCCAGUGUUGUGGGAUACACAGCGCCGGACCAUCGUGAACAACGAGUCGAGCGAGAUCAUCCGAAUGCUCAAUUCUGAAUUCAAUGCAUUCUGCAGGACGUCAGAGCAGCGGCAAUUGGAUUUCUACCCUGAGGAACUUAAAGGCGAAAUCGAGGAGCUGAAUGCAUGGAUAUAUCCGAACAUCAAUAACGGCGUGUACAGGAGCGGGUUUGCACAGUCGCAGGCGGCAUAUGAUGAAGCAGUCAUGGCCCUCUUUGACAAUCUAGAUAAGGCGGAGAGUAUUCUUGCCGGAAGUCGAUUCCUCGCGGGAUCAAAGAUGACAGAGGCAGACAUACGGCUUUUCCCGACACUGGUCCGCUUCGACUGGGUUUACCACGGACACUUCAAGUGUAAUAAGAAGAUGUUGAAGGAGUACCCAAACCUCUGGGCGUAUACACGUGACAUAUACCAAACACCAGGGGUGGCUGACACCGUUAACAAGGAACAUAUCCGCAGGGGCUAUCACGAGUCUCAUCAAAGCAUCGAACAGUUCGCCAUCACCUCCAUAGGACCGGAUCUUGAUUUCAUGGAGCCACACCAGCGCGAGACUUUCGCAUGACUUCGCAGAACUUUGUGAUCCAGAGUCGCAUGCGUGCCAUUACGGACAAUAUCACGUGAUUUCAUAUGGACCAAUGUUAAAGCAGUCUGUGCAAAACAGACGUUCACGUUCGAUUGCUAUUUUUAUGGCUUAUGCUUUUUUAUGAUUUUUAAAUGAAUACCGUGCAAAACAUUUUUAGUUUACUCAGUAUGUUGUUGUCAUGGUGUUGACUUCGUCUAUGCUUGAUUUGAUCAUUCAACCGCGCAUGGGGAAAACUGGGCUAAAUUCAUCUGCGUAAAGUGUCAUCGAAGACUAGCCUGUGCAAUGCACACACAUUUAAGGGGUUUCCGCCGAGCAGAGACUUCCCUUAAACGAAAUAUACUAUAAAAGCGGAAAGUGUCGUUCGCGAUUAGCCUGUGUGGACUUCAAAGGCGAAUCUGACACGACACUUUACACACAUGCAUUAUGCCUUGUUUCCACAGAGCGAGGUACACUUAUAGAAAACCUUAAAACUACAAUGAUUAUGCUGUUAAGUAGAACCCAAGUGUUAGUAGCAGGAGUUAGAGUCAGUUCAUACACAUUAAUUAAAUAAAUUGAUUGCAUCGUAUAACAUUAAUAGAUUUAAAACAACAUAACAGGUGUUUUACAAUAAGUCGUUGAAAGAGCAUAUGGGUGGAUCAGUAGAAAAAUAGGUAUAACAAAUCGACGCCAUUGCAGCCUUUGAGAGUAGAGCUGCCCUAGACCCCUGCAGUUUGAACGGAGAUAAAGAACCUAUUGAAAUGAUUCUCAUAAAGUCUUCUAUUUGUUUUGCAAGUGUCAGUUUCCUGAUGAUCGGGAUUACAUUAUUCGUUACGAUUGAUUGACUUGUUAGGUUAACAGACAUAAAGACAGACAGACAGACUAAUUUAUUAACGUCUCACUUUUGUAUAUAAAACUAAGUAAAGCAGUACACACAUAUUAUACACCGGUAUACAUGUAUAUGUACACAACCACUCUAAAAGAGGUACGAGAGACGAACUGGGGAUUUUUUUUAGAAAUACUUGCAAACACAAACUUGCUUAAAUUUGUACAAUAAUACAAUGUGUUUGAACUUUAUUUUAUAUUAUUUUGCAUAAUGCAGAAAAAUAUCAAGUAAACAUUUAAAACGUUAUGACAGUGUAUAUUUUUGAAAUACAUUUGUAUUCCCCAA